GUCGCCGGAAGUGUGCGUGUCGGCGCCGCGGCGCGAUCCGGGUCCCUCCUGGGUCUUCGGCGGCGUCCGUGUCGCGAGGGGAGUCUCGCCCAGUCGCGGGAAGCUGGCUUCUUGGACGAGUAGCGCCGUCGGGCGGAGCGGCCCGAGCCUUCCUGGAGUCGCGUUCCGUACAGCAAUAUGGCUGCGCCCAGGAACUAGGGAUGCGAGGGACACUCACCUUUUAAGGAUUUAGUGACUUGAAUACUUGGACGGUGUGGACUAGUGCCUUGUUUGACCCAAGGACCAAAACAGGACCAUGGACGGCACCAGAAGAAAAGAGGAUCACACUAAAAAGCGUUUAUCGUCUUUGGCUAAGUUGCCCGAACAUCUUGAAUGACCAAUUUGAAAUUAAAAGACAUUUAAAGUGUUGCAUUUUUCCUUCGAGUUGGUAUGUACACACUCACCUUGUAUGUUUAAACAUAAAACCUACUUGUGUGUACAAACUACAUCAUUGAGAUAUAGGACAUUAAGAAUUUAAUUACAACAUUGGGUAUCAAACCCUGGACCUCCCCACUGAUCUAUACUCCCAGCCCUAGUUCUGAUUCUUGAUUGUCAAUUUUAUCUAAAAGAAUGUCUGUGGUGCACCGUUUGCCACCUGGGUGGUUACUGGAUCAUCUCUCUUUCAUCAACAAAGUAAACUAUCAACUUCCCCAGCAUCAAGAGCCCUUUUGUAGUAAAAACAAGCCCACUUCUUCUGUCUACCUGGAUUCUCUUCAGCUGGAUCCCGUGUCUACUUUUGGAGCUCCUGUUCCGUGCUUUGCUCCUGACUCGGCUGUGUCAGGCAACGAGGAGGAUGGAGGAAGUUGUGAAGUGAUCACCCAGAAGUACGUUUUCCGAUCUGAGCUAUUUAAGGUCACCAAACCUUACAUAAUUCCAGCUGUUCACAAAGAGUGCCAACCAAGUAACAAAAACGAAAAUCUAGUGACCAGUGAUAAACCAGAGGUCUCCGUUUCCGUUGGGAAGAAGAGUAAAAGAUGCAUUGCUUUCAAUCAAGGUGUAUUGGAUGCCAUGGAGUAUCACACAAAGAUCAGAGAGCUGAUUUUGGAUGGAUCUUCACAGUUAAUCCAAGAAGGUCUCAGAAGUGGUUUCCUUUCCCCACUUGUGGGAAAGCAGGAUGGCAGUAGUGGACGCAUCACUUUGCCACUUGAUGCCUGCAAUUUGUCAGAGUUAUGCGAGAUGGCAAAGCAUUUGCCUUCCUCAAGUGAAAUGGAGCUUCAAACGCUGCAGUUGAUGGGAGAUGAUAUGUCUGUUAUUGAGCUGGAUUUAUCCUCACAGAUCGUUGAAAAUAACUCCAGCUUUUCCAAAGUGAUUACUCUAAUGGGACAGAAAUACCUGCUGCCGCCCAAGAGCAGCUUUCUUCUGUCUGACAUUUCUUGUAUGCAGCCGCUUCUUAACUGCAAUAAGACAUUUGAUGUAAUUGUGAUUGAUCCACCGUGGGAGAACAAAUCAGUUAAAAGAAGUAACAGGUACAAUACUUUAUCACCAAAUCAGAUAAAGCGAAUGCCUGUCCCUAAGCUGGCUGCUGCUGACUGUCUUGUCGUUACUUGGGUGACCAACAGGCAGAAGCAUCUGUGUUUUGUGAAGGAGGAACUAUAUCCUUCAUGGUCUGUGGAAGUUGUUGCAGAAUGGUACUGGGUAAAGAUCACAAAUUCAGGAGAGUUUGUGUUCCCAUUGGAUUCUACACACAAAAAGCCUUAUGAAUGUCUUGUACUGGGCAGAGUUAAAGCAAAAACUGCUUUAGCAUUAAGGAGCGCAGAUGUAAGAGCACCCCCUGUCCCAGAUCAGAGGUUGAUUGUCAGUGUGCCCUGUGUUCUUCACUCACACAAACCGCCUCUUACCGAAGUUCUGAAAGACUACAUCAAGCCAGGUGGCCAGUGUUUGGAAUUGUUUGCUCGAAAUUUACAGCCAGGUUGGAUGAGUUGGGGCAACGAAGUCCUCAAGUUUCAGCACAUGGAUUAUUUCACUGCUCGGGAGUCUGGAUGCUGACUGUAAAAGUUGUGCUGUCUUUGCCCCAGCUCCUUCCUUCAAACUCAUUUCCUCUUGUACCAGUCAGUGUGCUCAGACAUAUGAACUUUUACACCAAUCAUUGUGCUCAGACAUGUGAACUUUUACACCAAUCAGUGUACUUAGACAUGUAAGUUUUAUACCAAUCAGUGUGCAUAGAAAUGUACAUACAUCUCCUACAGCCCUUUGCAACGAGUCUCUUCCUUACCUGAUCUAUGGCAAACAGUGGUUUGUCUUCUCACAUUAGUGUUUCCUGCUUAGGAACGCCUGGAUAUUCAGUCAUACAGUGCAGAAACCGUUGCAUCUGGCUUCUCCCACUUAGCAUUCAGGAAAACCACCAACACUGUUUAUAAACCACUCCCUGCUUGCUUAGGAGACUUAGACUGAAAGUACUUGGACAAGCUUGUUUCCCCUACUCACUGAUUGCAUCAGACAUCAAGUUUGAGGGCGUAAGGCUAGUAUCUUUUAUUAUUCCUUUAAACUGCCAGUUGAAUACAAGGCUCAUUAAAUUAUUAAAUAUAUUCCUUUAAGCUUUU